AUGACAUUUUGCUAUCUUGGCGGCUCCCCGCUUCGAGGAUCUACACCAUCGUUCUUGAAGACCAGCCAUGAUAUCCCACUACUUCUCUGUCUUUCCCAGCAUUCAGGGAGACAUUUCUUCUUCCUGUAUGCGGAUUGUGGGCAUGCAACGGCAUCCCUGUUUGUAGUCAUAAAUCAUCCAGCGGUUGACCAAGCAUGCUCACCUGUGUCGGCUGUGUCUGACGGGGGCGGCGCGAGAGCAUUACCGGCGGCGCUCCCUACUGCCGUAUCUUUGGACUUUAGGCCCACCACAGGCGUAGACAUCGAAUUGAGUGACGUACCAGAGGACGUGGACGAAUCCAAAGUUGACCCGGAUUUACCGGAAAUCUGUGGCCCAUCAAGACCACCUUUUAGCUCUGCGUGGGCGUUGAGCCUGUGGAGGAUUCGAGAUCCUGCGGCGGAUAGGCUACAUGAAGGCGAUACCAGGGUGCAGGCCCAGCAUCCGGCCAAUACCCAAGACAUGAUCUUUACCGCGGACCCUUACCGCGUUCUUGACCAUGUGAGUCUGCAACUUACUACACAAAGUGACCUAGCUGGUUCGCAUUUGAGUUCUCGCCGAGGGUGGACGCAGCCCGAGGAUGGGGCCGCCGUCCACCCUCGAUCGCCGUCAAGGAGCCGUCUGGAGAAGGUCUGUCUUGGUCUGUCACAUUUCCCCGGUCCGAUGGACCUGUCGGCUCGUGGACGAAGGUUGAAGGACCUAGAAGCAAUGUGGAGGCGCACGUAUACCAGGCCAAGUCGCUAUCACGAAAUAGGAAAAUGCUUUCAAGCGCUAGUAGGUUCUAGAUUUGAGACUAUGGACCGCGGGAACAGGUGGAUAUUCUAUGAAUAUGUCUGUUGGGCUGAGACUGCGAGGGCUAUUCCGUGGAUCGAAAUUUUUCUUGGUCCUCUUUUCGUCUCAAUUCACAUCACUCGGGCGCAUACCCGGGAACGCGGCCUCGAAGAAAUAUUCGGCGGCCACAACUAA